UUACGCAUCACUUUAUCCAUGGAACCCAAGAUUUGCCUUUUUGUUUCUUUUCUUUUCUUGUACUUUGUUUCUCUCCAAGCAGACACUCUCCAAACCUACUUAAUUCAACUCCACCCGCAUGGUUUAACCAGCUCUAUGAUCACUUCUAAGCAUCAUUGGCAUCUCUCAUUCAUUGAACAAAUCAUUUCCUCCCAGGAAGACCCUUCUUCUCGCCUUCUAUACUCCUACCAUUCUGCCAUGGAAGGUUUUGCUGCUCAACUCUCUGAAUCAGAGUUGGAGUAUCUGCAAAAGUUGCCUGACGUCAUUGCAAUCAGGCCUGACAGGAGCUUCCAACUUCAGACAACUUAUUCUUACAAAUUCUUAGGACUAAACCGACCCACAAGUGGAGGAGCUUGGCGGAGCUCACAUUUCGGUUAUGGAACCAUAAUUGGGGUCCUUGACACUGGAGUUUGGCCUGAAAGUCCAAGCUUUGAUGAUCAAGGAAUGCCCCCAGUUCCCAAAAAAUGGAGAGGGAUUUGCCAAGAAGGCCAAAACUUCAAUGCUUCGAAUUGCAACAAGAAACUUAUUGGUGCCAGGUUCUUUGCUAGGGGCCACCGUGCGGCUUCAAUGUCGUCCUCACCAAAUAUUAUUCAGCCAUAUGUGUCACCGCGGGAUUCCCAGGGCCAUGGGACUCAUACAGCAUCAACGGCUGCAGGAGCUUCUGUUCCUGUGGCAAGUGUGCUUGGUAAUGGGGCAGGUGUGGCUCGAGGGAUGGCCCCUGGCGCUCACGUUGCUGUAUACAAGGUUUGCUGGUUCAGUGGCUGCUAUAGCUCUGAUAUCUUAGCGGCAAUGGACGUUGCAAUUACAGAUGGGGUUGAUGUACUCUCUCUAUCUCUGGGCGGCUUCCCCUCACCUCUUUUUGAUGAUAGCAUCGCAAUUGGUAGUUUUCGAGCAAUGGAGCAUGGAAUUUCUGUUGUAUGUGCAGCAGGAAACAAUGGACCACUCCAAAACUCAGUUGCAAAUGAAGCUCCUUGGAUAGCUACCGUUGGUGCUAGCACACUUGGCAGAAGAUUUCCAGCUAUAGUUCGGAUGAGCAAUGGAGAACUCCUUUAUGGAGAGUCCAUGUACCCCGGAAACCAAAUAUCCAAUCUACAGAAAGAGCUCGAACUAGUUUAUGUGACAAGUGGUGAUGAUAGGGGAAGUGAAUUUUGCUUGAGAGGGUCUCUCCCAAAGAAAAAAGUUCAGGGCAAGAUGGUGAUUUGUGAUCGAGGUAUCAAUGGAAGGGCAGAAAAAGGUGAAGCUGUGAAAGAAGCGGGUGGCGCUGCAAUGAUUUUAGCAAAUACAGUCAUAAAUCUAGAAGAGGAUUCGGUUGAUGUACAUGUCUUGCCAGCUACUCUGAUUGGUUUUGCAGAGGCAAUUCGUUUAAAGGCUUAUAUUAACUCCGUAAGGAGGGCUAGAGCUCGAAUCAUAUUUGGAGGAACUGUAAUUGGGAGAUCAAGGGCACCAGCUGUGGCACAGUUUUCAGCCAGAGGACCGAGUUUCUAUAAUCCUACCAUUCUGAAACCUGAUGUAAUUGCUCCUGGAGUCAAUAUAAUUGCUGCCUGGCCUCAAAACUUGGGGCCAACAAGCCUUCCGGAAGAUUCAAGGAGGGUGAAUUUUACAGUCAUGUCCGGGACUUCUAUGGCUUGUCCCCAUGUCAGUGGCAUUGCUGCUCUAAUCCACUCGGCACAUCCCAAAUGGACCCCUGCGGCCAUUAAGUCUGCUCUGAUGACAACUGCUGAUGCAAAUGAUCAUUUUGGAAAACCAAUAAUGGAUGGUAAUAAGCCUGCUGGAGUUUUUGCUAUCGGAGCUGGUCAUAUUAACCCAGAAAGAGCCAUCAAUCCAGGAUUAGUUUAUGAUAUUACAACAGAUGAGUACAUCACUCAUCUAUGCACUCUGAGGUACACAAAAUCAGAAAUUUUAGAAAUCACACACAAGAAUGUGAGCUGCCAAGAAAUUUUGCAGAUGAACAGGGGUUUCAGUCUCAAUUAUCCCUCAAUUUCUGUAAUUUUUAAGAAUGGAAAGAAAAUCAAAAUGAUGCAAAGGCGAUUGACAAAUGUGGGGAGUCCUAAUUCCAUCUACUCAGUGGAAGUAAUGGCUCCAGAAGGCGUCAAAGUUAGAGUUCAACCUCAAAGACUAGUAUUCAAGAACAUAAACCAAAGUCUAAAUUAUAAAAUCUGGUUUAUAUCAAAAAAGAGAAGUCCAGGAAAAGACAAGAUGAGCUUUGCACAAGGGCAGUUGACAUGGAUUCAUUCUGGAAAUAGCAGCUUUUACAGGGUUCGAAGUCCUAUUUCAGUUACUUGGAAGUAACAGUAGCAGCAGUGAUGAGAGUAGUGGCAUUGCUAAGAGCUGAGAUAGUUCUCUUUUUCCUGUCCUAUUGUUAUAUAUUCCAAUGAUAUAUGUUCAUGGAGAUUAGAGGCCCAAAAUAAAUUGCCAAACUUAAGCCUUA